AAACUACUAUUAAUGUUUAAAUGUUGACUAAUUUCUAAAUUCAAAUAAAAAUAAUUUCAGUAGGAUUAGUUUAAAAGUGAUUUAAACUAAUUUAGCAGUUGAUAUAUUUAGGGACUCACUUUAAAUUGUGUGUUGUGUCAUCAUUUAAAAAGAAAACUCUAUUUCGGAUUCAAGCAAAACCUUCAAUAACAGUAAGAUAUGGCAAAACAAGAUAUUACAAAUUUGGAAAAUCUUCUUACGUGCAACAUUUGCAGAAAAAUAUUUGAUGAGCCUACAAUCCUGGGCUGCGGUCACACAUUUUGCUUUUCCUGUUUGACUAAAAGCACAAACUGUCCUGAAUGUGCCCAAAAACUCUGCAGAUGGAGAAAAAGGACCAACAGCAAAAUUGCAAUACAAGUCAAGUGGCAUUUGGGAAACGAAAUUGUAAAAAGUUUGAAAACGGAUCCAAAAGAUAAAGAAAACAUUCUGAAAAUAAUAAAAGUAAAUAUGAAAUGCGCUGUGUGCUGUGCUUAUGUUGUUAAGGCAGUAGCAACACUCUGUGGGCAUGUGUUCUGCAGUUCUUGUCUGGAGACCUGGACAAACUCUCAACACCAAGAUUGUCAUGAGUGCAGUAGCAGCACUCUGUGGGCAUGUGUUCUGCAGUUCUUGUCUGGAGACCUGGACAAACUCUCAACACCAAGAUUGUCAUGA